GCUCCUAGCGUUCAUUCUGUGAAAAACGAAAUCGUAUUGAUUUCCGAAGAAAAAGUUAUCCGAUACUUGAAAUAUGAAGACUCUAAUAAUUACGUCAGGUUGGCUGAACUUCUACCGGAUAUAUCAUUUACACAUUAUCUGAAUUCAGUUGUUGUGGAGCUGCCUAAUAAAAGUGAUUGAGAAAUGAGCUGCCCUCUAAGAUGCCCAGAUCAAGAUUACAGCCAGCUAGGCGCAGAAGAAGGAAUGAUUUAUGGUGAAUAUUUGAUGCUUGAUAAAAUACUAAACUCCCAAAGGAUGCUGAGCGCUCAGAGUGAUAAGCCUGUUCACGAUGAACAUCUUUUCAUUGUCACGCAUCAAGCAUACGAGUUAUGGUUUAAACAAAUAAUAUUCGAGCUAGACUCCAUCAGAAACUUAUUCACAAUGACGAAUUUAGAAGAAACUCAAACCUUAGAAAUUCUGAAGCGAUUGCAAAGAGUAGUGCUGAUACUGAAGGUUCUAGUAGAUCAAGUUAUGAUACUAGAGACCAUGACACCAUUAGAUUUCAUGGAAUUCAGAGGAUACUUGAGACCUGCCUCCGGUUUCCAAAGUCUUCAGUUCAGGUUACUCGAGAAUAAGUUGGGAGUAAGAAAAGAACACAGGGUGAAAUAUAAUCAAGACUACAACACAGUUUUCGGAAAUGACGAAAAUGCAAAAAAUUUGAUUGGGAAUUCAGAGAAAGAGCCUGCUUUAUCAGAUUUGGUUCAAAGAUGGCUGGAGAGAACACCUGGUCUUGAACUUGACGGUUUCAAUUUCUGGGGGAAGUACAAAGAAGCAGUGGAAUGCCUGUUGAAAACAGACAAGGCAGAUGCAGAGGCAGAAGAAAAUGAAAGGAUACGAAAAUAUAAGCUGAAAGAUGUAGAACAACGACAAGAAAUCUUUGAGUCCAUUUUCGAUCCCAGUGUACAUGAAGCAUUAAUAAAAAGAGGGGAAAGAAGGUUUUCACACAAGGCCUUACAGGGUGCUAUUAUGAUUACUUUCUACAGAGAUGAACCAAGAUUCAGUCAACCACAUCAGAUACUUACCCUACUCAUGGACAUAGAUUCUCUGAUCACAAAAUGGAGAUAUAAUCAUGUCCUCAUGGUCCAAAGAAUGAUUGGAUCAACACAGCUAGGUACAGGUGGAUCAUCAGGAUAUCAAUACCUCCGGUCAACUUUAAGUGAUCGGUACAAAGUUUUUGUGGAUCUCUUCAAUCUAUCUACUUUCCUUAUACCAAGGUCUUAUAUUCCCCCUCUCACCAACGACAUGAGAAGCAAAUUAUGCCUAAUCUGGGGAGGUAUGACUCCAUUGACUAACGGUGACUCGAAGAAAUAAAAAAAGUCAUUGUCAAUCGUUCGAAUUGAUUUCUAAAAGUAAGUCAUAUUAUUCUGAUUAUAUAAACCACGAUGAAUAAAAUUUUGUGAAACUGG